AUGUCAUCAUCAUCAUACCUCCCCCUCCUCUUCACCUUGCCCCCCUCCAACCGCCACGACUUCCUCCUCCUAGACACGAGCGCCAAAGUCUCGCUGAAAGCGCUGAACAAGCAAAUCACAAGUACUAUCGCUAGUAGUCCGAACUGUGCGGAAUUCAUGGCAAAGCACAAAGCCAAAGAUGGCCCGGCAGAGCAAAUCCAAGAAUUCAAAAUCCACUGGGAUGUCAAGGGGCGGGAGAAAUUAUGGCCUGAAUAUACUGUUUUGACGGAAGAUAAUAUUAGUGCCGUGGUGGAGUUGCUCAAGGGAAACCCUGGGAUGGGGGUUUUGGAGGUGAAGUUGGGGAAAGACGAGUGA